AUGGAUCUAGACUUCGACGAGUUUGGCUCGACGGGUGGUGAGGCGCUCACAUUUGUGGACACUGAUGACUAUGGAAUGAGCGUUGCCACCCAAGAUUCAACUUUUGAGGCGAAUAGCCAGUUCACCAUGCCAACACAGUGCUCACAGGCUGAAUCUUCUGGGCUUGUCACUGGCGUUGAGAGUAACGCAGAUCUAUCGUUCCAAGAUGUUGAAGACGAGGAAGAGGAAUAUAAUGAGACAAAGGAGAAUAAAGUGCCGCCGCAUGCUUGCAGAUACUGUGGCAUUUCCGAUCCCACGUGCGUUGCGAAAUGUACUGUGUGCAGCAAAUGGUUCUGCAAUUCGAAAAACGGAACUAGUGGAUCGCAUAUCGUCAAUCAUAUGGUCAAGAGCCAGCAUAAAGAAGCAUACCUUCAUGAAGAUUCGCCAUGCGGAGACAAUCAGCUUGAAUGCUAUAUUUGUGGCUCAAAAAAUGUUUUCCAACUUGGAUUCAUCCCAGCGAAAACCGAUCCAGCUGUUAUGAUCUUGUGUCGUUCACCAUGUUCGUAUCAUGUCGAUACAAAAGACCCGAGCUGGCAGUCAGACCAAUGGAAACCACUAAUUGCUGAAAAACAGCUUAUAUCGUGGAUCGUUAAUACACCAAGCGAGGAUCAAGUGAUGCGUGCCAGAAAAAUCACGGCAUCACAGGCAAAUCGACUUGAAGAGGUAUGGAAAGAGAUGCCAGAAGCGACUCUUGAUGAUUUGGAUAGACCAGGAAUUGAUUCCGAACCGGAGCCAGUUCGUUUGCGUUAUGAUGACGCUUACCAGUAUAAUUCGAUUUUCCAUCCAUUGGUUCACAUUGAAGGUGAAUAUGACAAGAAGAUGAAAGCUUCGCAGACGCAAGCCGUUGGACAAGUUCGCUGGGUUCCUGGAUUGAGAAAACAGUAUACGGCGUACUUCCACAUGCCAAAAUUGAUGGAUGGAAGCAUGAAGUUGAUGAAGCAGGAUUUGUUGCGUUUGAAGCAUACCCAGACACUAAACGGCUCCGAAUGGUCUUGUGAAGGAGUUGUUAUCAAAUUGCCUGAUAGUACUUCCGAUGAAAUCGGAAUGGAGGUCAAGAAAGGACACAUUGACAAAAGCAUCACAGAAACAAGAAUUAUGUUUACUUGCGAGGUUGUAUGGAAUUCGACGACAUUCGAGCGUCAAUAUCGGGCUCUUGAUAGACUUGUUAAGGAUGAGAGCAGUGUUUCAAAGUUUAUUUACCAAAAGAUUAUGGGCCGAGAUGUUGAUGAAGUUGUCUUCAAAGUUCCAACGCCGCGUCGCCUAACUGCUCCGGGUCUUCCAGAUUUGAAUCCUAGUCAGAUGAUAGCUAUCCGAUCAUCACUUUCUCGACCUUUAAGUUUGAUUCAAGGACCACCGGGAACUGGAAAGACAGUGACCUCAGCCACCGUAGUUUACCAUUUAGUUGCUCAAACACAAGGACAAGUCUUGGUUUGUGCCCCUUCGAAUAUUGCUGUCGACCAUCUUGCUGAGAAAAUUCACAAGACGGGUCUUAAGGUCGUGAGAUUAACUGCUCAAUCCAGAGAGGACUCAGAAUCUACAAUUGAGUUCUUGACAUUGAGAGCUCAACUCAAAACUCUGGGCAAUAAGGAGUUGAACAAUUUGAUUCAAUUGAAAGAGGAAAUCGGAGAAUUGUCAGACGCUGAUCAUUUGCGUUUCGUGAGUCUCAAGAGAGUAAGCGAGCAUCGUAUUCUCGCUGAAGCUGAUGUUAUCUGCUGCACUUGUUCUACAUCGGCGGAUCCUCGUCUCGAUCAAAUUCGCAUCAAAACUGUCCUUAUUGAUGAGUCUACUCAAGCUACAGAACCGGAGGUUCUUGUCCCAAUUGUCCGUGGAAUUCGGCAGCUCAUUCUUGUCGGCGAUCAUUGUCAACUCGGACCGGUUGUGAUGUGCAAAAAAGCGGCUAACGCUGGACUUCAGCAAUCGCUUUUUGAACGUCUGGUUCUUCUUGGAAAUCGCCCGCAUCGUCUUCAGGUGCAAUACCGUAUGCAUCCAGUGCUUUCAAACUUCCCGAGCAAUGUGUUUUACGAAGGAAGUCUUCAGAAUGGAGUCACUGAAAACGAACGGCAAAUGACUCAGUUCGAUUGGCAGUGGCCAGUUCCGAACAUGCCAACCAUGUUCUGGUCCUGCUAUGGUGUCGAGGAGAUGAGCGCAUCAGGAACAUCAUUCUUGAAUCGUACCGAGGCGGCUAAUGUUGAGAAGUUGGCUUGCAAAUUGAUCAAAGGGGGAAUGAGCCCAGAGCAAAUUGGUGUAAUUACUCCUUACGAAGGACAACGGAUGUUCAUUGUUAACUAUAUGCACACACAGGGAACUCUCAACGCGAAACUUUACGAGAAUAUGGAAAUUGCUAGUGUUGACGCGUUCCAAGGACGUGAAAAGGAUUUUAUCAUUGUGACUUGUGUUCGUUCAAACGAAUCAUCUGGAAUUGGUUUUCUCAAUGAUCCACGUCGUUUGAACGUGGCUAUUACUCGGGCUAAAUAUGGUCUUAUCAUUAUUGGAAAUGCCAAGGUUUUGGCCCGCCAACCACUUUGGCAUGAUCUUCUCACGACUUAUAAAGAUCGAGGACUUGUCUUUGAAGGUCCAAUUAACAAUUUGAAGGCGGUUAACAUUGUUCUCCCGAAGCCUACCGCUAAAAUUGCAGGCUCUGCUUUUGCUGCCGUCAAAUAUGGAAUUCAACGGAAGCAGUACACAUAUAAUGAAUAUCGUGGACAAAAUCAAAGCAGAGGCUACACUGAACCGCAGAAUAUGAUCUCGUAUCAAUCGCAGACAUUCCGCAAUGCGACUGCAAACAUUCCGGUGCCUCUCAGCUUGAUAAAUCCAUCGAUGUAUCAAAAGAACGGGAACGCAAAGAAUUCGAAGAAGCAGCAAAAUCGGGGAUAUUCGGAUGCGUCUCAGAACUUCUUUUCCCAGGCAUCUCAAGGUCAAAUGAUGGCCCCAAUGCCAUCUGGAGCAUAUGAAGGAUCUCUGUCGGGAUGGUCGCAGUCCCAAUCGCAAGCAGCAAGCUCAUCGCGUUUUGGAGCUUACACGCAGCCAAUGUCGCAAGACACGAACGGCUUGGAUCAGAGUAUGGCGAAUUUGCUGCUUUCGCAAGAUCAUUAA